AUGUCUUGUGGUCGUAAUCGUCGUCGAUCAAAACUUUCUUCGACAUUACAUGGAUCGUCUACUGCAAAUAGGCAAUCGAUAGAGAAGAGUCAUCAGUUUUCAUCGAGUAUCAAAAGUAAUCAUUCAGGAAAAUUGUUGAAAGAAAUAUCACGAGAAAAUACUACUAAUUGUGAUCGAUUUCGAGUCUUAGAUGAUAAAGGUAAUGAUGUUACACCUCGACGAAUUACUGAUUAUAUUCGAUUGAAUAUUAAAAAACAUAAUGAAGAAGAAAAACCAAUAACAGAAACAGGAAAUACACGAGUUAUAGAAAAUCAAGAAAAGUCAAUGUCAGAUAAAAGUAUUGUUAGUACUAUGAAUCUAACUACGGCAACAUCAAAUAUAGGUCGUACUAAUACUUUAUUCUCCAUUGGAGAAAAAACAACACUUGAUAUUGGUACUAGAAUUAUAUUAGAAAGUGAACAUUUAUUUAAUAAAACACAGAAUGAACGUACAUCUCAUCACAAUAAUGAGAAUCAAGAAUUUCAAGCAACAUUUUUACCUGGCUUUGGUCUACAAUGUAUAAAUGAUGUAUUAGCCGAUACUAUUGUAUUAAGUGAAACUGAAACAAUGUUUAUUUUAAAUCUAAAUAGUAUUGUUGUUACACAAAACGAUCAUGAAGAAUAUAAUAGGAUAGAUGAAAGAAAUAAGAUUUAUAUGAAUUUAUGUAAAAAUCAACGAGGUAAUGAUUUAUAUAUUGAGCGUGGUAUGCAAACAUUUAAUAAUCCACCUAAACAUGAACAUACUGUUACUGAUUCUAUUUUCAUACGGUCACAAGCAUCAUGGGCUAAUACGUGGGAUAUACAUGAUUCUACGAUCGAAUCUAGUCAAUAUGAAGGAAAAGUCUAUCGUCAAUAUGUAAUACAUAAUAAUGAAAAUUUGAAUGAUAAUAGAAUUAAAUUUGAUGUAAAUCAUAAUAGUAAUACGAAACAAACAAUAGUUUCUACUCAAUCAUCACAAAAUUCAUCGACAUUGAUUUCACAAGAAUCAUUAGUAAAAAUGACUCCAUCGAAAACAAAUUGUUUUGAAUUAAAUGAUAAUAAUAAAAAUAAAUUACCUGAUAUUGAUGUAGAUGCAUUCAUUAUGGAACGUAUUCUUAAUUUGAAUAUAUAUCAUCAAAAACAUACUGUUUAUCAAGGCUUUGAUCAUCAGGACAAUUAUGGAAGUGAAUAUCUUCAAGAUAGAAAAGAUUCAUUUUUGAUUAUGAACACCAAUCUUAAGCUUGAACGUUUAUGGCAAUAUACGAGUUAUUUAACACAUGAUCGAAAUGUUUCUUGUUUAUGUUGGAAUAAACAAAAUCAUAAUUUAUUAGCUGUAGGUUAUGGAUAUUUUCAAUAUAAUGAUGAUAAACAAGGUCUUGUUUGUUGUUGGAAUGCAAAAAAUCUAGAAUUUCCUGAACGUCAUUAUCAAACAAAUGCAAGUGUAACAUCAUUAUCAUUCUCAAUUAAACAUCCAAAUUUAUUAGCUGUUGGUUUAUUCAAUGGAAAUAUAUGUGUAUUUGAUCUCAAUGAAAAUAAUACAUUUCCGAUUGUUGAUACAAAUAAAUAUGAUAAAAAACAUACGAAUCCUGUUUGGCAAAUAGAAUGGAAUGAACGAGAUCGUUCAUCUGAAAUAGAUAAUUCUGAAAUAUUAAUAUCGAUUUCAUCUGAUGGUCGUAUUAUACGAUGGACACUUCGAAAAGAAUUUGAAGCAACUGAUUUAAUGCAUUUAAAACCUUAUCAUUCAUUACAAAUGGCAUGUCAAAUAUUGAAUAAUAAUGAUGGAAAUUUUUCAAAUUCUGUAGGUGGUCUUUGUUUUGAUAUUCGAGCGAACGAUAAAACUAUUUAUUUAUGUGGUACCGAUGAAGGUGUUAUACAUCGUUGUUCAAUGAUAUAUAAUGAAAAAUAUUUGGAAUCUUAUAUAGGUCAUAUAGGGCCAGUUUAUAAAGUUCACUGGUCACCAUUUGUUGAAAAUAUCUUUUUAAGUGCUAGUGCAGAUUGGACAAUUCGAUUAUGGAUGAUUGGAUAUAAUCAAUCAUGUAUGACAUUUUCAUCAACAAAUUCAAAAAUAUUUUUCGAUGCUAUUUGGUCACCUAAAUCAUCUACUAUGUUUUAUUGUGUUACUGAAAAUACAAUUGAAAUAUGGGAUUUAUCUAAAAGCUUGUAUAAUGUUUAUUCUUUUUUUCUUCUUUUUCUUCUAUUAAUUAAUGCUAGACUUGAUCCAAUUUAUGUUGCUAAUUCUCCACAUCAACUAACAUUAACAUCAAUUGCUUAUGCAAUAGAUUCUGAUUGUAUCGCAGUUGGAACGAGUAAUGGUACAGUAUGGAUUUAUCAUUUAGGAAAUCUCUCUUCAUCUGCUAAUGCAAAUGAUCUGUUAACAAUCGUUGAACAAACUUUACAUAGUCAAUUUGAUUCUUCUGAAAAAUCUGAUAUAAAUCAAGAACUUUCACUCACAUCAACUCCGUCUAUUGAAAUAAAUCAUAAUUAA